GCUUCAUUUACUUCCUUCUGCUUCUAGGCUAACACCUAUGAAAAAUACUGGCCAUUCUACCAGAAAAAUGGAGGUCUUUAUUUUCCCAAAGAUCAUUUGAAAAAGGCUGUGGCUGAAGUUGAAGAAAUGUGCAAUAUUUUAAAGAUGGAAGGCGUGACGGUGAGGCGACCUGACCCCAUUGACUGGUCACUGAAGUAUAAGACUCCUGAUUUUGAGUCUACAGGUUUAUACAGUGCGAUGCCCCGAGACAUCCUGAUGGUUGUGGGAAAUGAGAUUAUUGAGGCCCCCAUGGCAUGGCGCUCACGCUUCUUUGAGUACCGAGCAUACAGGUCACUUAUCAAAGACUACUUCCACCGUGGUGCCAAGUGGACAACAGCACCCAAGCCCACCAUGGCUGAUGAACUAUAUGACAAGGUAGGUCUCCAGGUAUAGACUGGUUUCUUAGUGACUUCAAAAUAAUCCACAAAGGGUAAGAAAGGAAUUUGCUGAUACUUUGCAUAUAUUAUGCAUUUCCAUUUAAAAAAUUAUUAUGUUUAGAUGAAAUAUACAAGGAGUAACAACAAUAGUAGCUAACAUUUUACUGCUUACUCUGUACUGAGUCUGGGCUCAGGAUAUAUCAUCAAUCACAUUUAUUCUUACAAAAACUCUAGAAAGAGCCGGUGAUGGUGGCGCAUGCCUUUAAUCCCAGCACUGGAGAGGCAGAGGCAG